UACAAACAAUAAUCAGUUAAAAACAGAAUUACAAAAAAAUUAACAGAAAAAAAACAAUGAAGAACGAUAAGCAAUUACAAACACAAUCACAAAACCCCAAAUAUUAAAUUGUUAGAAUUGCAAAACCAAAUAAACAGAUUUAAAAAAAACAAAAAAAAAAAACAAUACCAAACAAAAGCACGCGCCCCGUAGGGCAGAUCUUUUGUAAAAACUAGGAAUGCUGAUCUAAAACCAGUAAGGGCGCCAUGGAGUCGUGUGCCCUUUCUUCGCUUUAAAUGGGCGGGGUGGCAACUAGGAGUGGCCAGGUAUUCACUGAGCCCACCCCUGGCCGCCCCUAGAUCCGCCCUUGGCCCUGUUGGACACGGAUACUGGAGACUUGCCCCCCCCCCCUUCUCGGCGUCGAGGGGUGGCAACUAGGAGUGGCCAGGUAUUCACUGAGCCCACCCCUGGCCGCCCCUAGAUCCGCCCUUGGCCCUGUUGGACACGGAUACUGGAGACCCCCCCCCUUCUCGGCGUCGCGGGGUGGCAACUAGGAGUGGCCAGGUAUUCACUGAGUCCGCCCCUGGCCGCCUCUAGAUCCGCCCUUGGCCCUGUUGGACACGGAUACUGGAGACUUGCCCCCUCUCCCCCGCCCCCUUCUCGGCGUCUGCUGAGCGUUUCCUGCUCGGCUAUCGGCCGCAGCAGUUGGGGUGCAGAUCGGAGGGCCUCUGGUGUUCCUCCGCACUGACGAGUCUCAGUCCUGGUCCGCGGCCGUUCCGGAUCGGGGGGGCCGCCGCCGCCGCACUUCCGUUUCUUUCACCAGGCAACAAGAGUUGGGCCAAACAAACUUUGUUUUGCGGUCGUUGUAAGUGACCGAGAAACGAUGCGUUGCAGUGCGUAGCGACGACGCUGUUUAGUUUGUUUGUUUGUUUUAAUUAAUGACAUUUGUGAUUUUGCCUCGUGCAUGUAGAGAAGGCGCGCGCGGGGGGGGGCGGCACGUGCACGUACAAAAACACUCAUUACGGGAAGUUUAAUCGCUCUCGCGUGCCCACCGUUUUGAUAGCUUGGACGCUCGGACCAUAAUACACGCAGGUCCGAGUCCCCGAAGAGUAGAAGAGCCCAACUCCACCCGCCGUCUAUAAAACCCGCGUGCGCGGAGCGUGCGCCUCAUCUGAGCGGUCCUCUUGUCGUCUCGCGCGUCGCCGCCAUGUCCCGGCGCGGACUCGGGGACCGCCAGGUCCGGGAUCAAGUCGCAGAUGGGUCGGCGCCGCAGCGUCGCCGGUCCCGCUGGUGCCGGUGAAGAAGCGACGGUCUGCGCACGGACGACGCCGCCGACGACGCCCGCUGGUCCACGUGAUGCCACGCAGGCAACUCGACUCGUGAAGUUGUAGAGGAAGCGCGAGCGCCCGGUGCACGGGCUUGUGGGUAUUCUGCUCUCCCGCUUUAGUCGCGCUUGUGGCUUUCUUGCUUGUUCGUUUGCGUACCUUUGUGAUCCGACCGCGAUGAAGCUGAAGAGGUACUUCCGGGGCAGCAGGGGGGUGCUGGUCUUCGUGUUCUUGGCCUCCGUCGCGUGGCUGCUGCUCGACAUGCUGGCGCUGCGCGUGUCCAUCGACGACGCCAGCAGUCAGCUGCUGAGGGCGCGCGCGAUGCGGGAGGGGGGGGCGGAGGUGACCCGCGGGUCCAGGCAGGGGUUCCAGCACCCGGUGCAGGUGGUGGAGCUGGACCGGGGGCUGCGCGAGGCCAUGGACCAAAUACUGGACGCGUACAGGCGGAACCCCGAGAAACGGGGCCACGUGCAGAAGAACCGCAGACCAAACCCCGAACAGCAGCGACGGGCCCCGCCCGAGCCGGAGGACUCCGAGUCCGCCGCGCUUAAACCCGGCUCGGAUCAGGUCUUAGCCAGGCAGGGGUCUCUGCUUAAAACCCAGCCCGCACCUGCUAAAAAACCAGUGAACUUAAAGCCGGGCGAAUCGGAAGCAGAACUUGGGACAACGGAAGUCCCGGGUUCCAUUAAAGGGCCGUUGCCCGUUGUGGUUUCCUAUAAGAACAAAGUGCCGCCUGGCGUUCAGGGGGGACGUCUGGGUCCUCUCCCUACUUCAGAGAGGAAACCCCCCAAAGGGAAGGAUGCAAUACCGAAGGCCAAAGAAACUAUGGGCUCAAAGGCGGCCGAGGGUGUUGGGGUGGCGGCCAAGGGUGUUGGGGUCGCGGCCGAGGGUGUUGGGGUCGCGGCCGAGGGUGUUGGGGACGCGGCCGAGGGUGUUGGGGUCGCGGCCGAGGGUGUUGGGGAGGGUGUUGGGGUCGCGGCCGAGGGUGUUGGGGUGGCGGCCGAGGGUGUUGGGGACGCGGCCGAGGGUGUUGGGGUCGCGGCCGAGGGUGUUGGGGUCGCGGCCGAGGCCAGAUCUGGCGGACAAGAAAGCAGGCUCAAGGUGGAUCAACCCCACUCUGGGAAAAUAUCUUCCAAACACACCAAAGAGGGAAAAGAAGCCAAGGCUCCUGUCAGAAAUGACCCAGAUGAAGUGAAGAGGCCCCCGACACCCACCAUCAAGCCCGACGUCCAACUAGCAGCAGACUCCAAGGUUAACGCCAGCGUAGUUCGAAAACCAGGUGUCCAUAAAGUGCUUUCCCUAGAUGUGACCCACGCUCCCAGAGAUGCCGGGGCGGUGGGCCAGUUCGGACAGGCUGCAGUCGUCGGCAGUGACAAGGAGAGGGAGGUGAGGAAGAGAUGGGACGAAGGCCAGUUCAACGUCUACCUGAGUGACCAGAUCCCGGUGGACCGCGCCAUCCCAGACACCAGGCCUCAGAUGUGUGCAGGAAACGUGGUCCAUGAUGACUUGCCCACCACCAGUGUGAUCUUCUGCUUUGUGGAUGAAGUGUGGUCCACGCUGCUCCGUUCUGUGCACAGCGUUCUCAACAGAUCGCCACCGCACCUCCUCAAAGAGAUCAUCCUGGUGGACGACUGCAGCUCCAAAGACUAUCUGAAGGCUCAGCUGGAUACGUACAUGUCACAGUUCCCAAAAGUCCGAAUUGUUCGUCUGAAGGAAAGGCAAGGCCUGAUCAGAGCCAGGUUGGCUGGAGCUGCCAUUGCCAAAGGUGAGGUCCUUACCUUCCUUGACUCCCACGUUGAAUGUAAUGUGGGCUGGCUGGAGCCGUUGUUGGAGAGAGUCUAUCUGGAUAGGAAGAAAGUGGCCUGCCCAGUUAUUGAAGUCAUCAACGAUAAGGAUAUGAGUUAUGUGUUGGUCGACAACUUCCAAAGAGGUAUUUUCAAAUGGCCUUUGGUGUUUGGCUGGAGCACACUUCCAGAGGAGUACAUCAAGAAAAAUAACAUGACCAUCGCGGACCCUAUCAGAUGCCCAGUUAUGGCUGGGGGUCUUUUCUCUAUAGACAAGAAAUACUUCUAUGAACUUGGUGCCUAUGAUCCUGGACUAGAUGUAUGGGGUGGCGAGAACAUGGAGAUCUCAUUCAAGAUCUGGAUGUGCGGAGGGGAAAUCGAGAUUAUCCCCUGCUCUCGAGUGGGACACAUUUUCCGAGGCCAGAACCCAUACAAGUUCCCCAAGGACAGGCAGAAGACUGUGGAGCGUAACCUCGCCAGGGUGGCCGAGGUAUGGCUGGACGAGUACAAGGACCUGUUCUACGGCCACGGCUACCACCACUUGCUGGACAGAAAAUUAAUUGACAUUGGCAACCUCACGGAGCAGAUUGAGCUGAGAAAGAGGCUGAAAUGCAAGAGCUUCAGGUGGUACCUGGAGAACGUGUAUCAAGAUUUCGACGCUCCCUUAGUCAAAGCCGAGGGCCCGGUGUUGAAUCGUGGCUUGAGAAAAUGUCUCGCUCUGCAGAAAGGCGCUCUAUCCUUUGAGCAAUGUGAUCUCAGCAAGCAGAGUCAGCGCUUUAAUUACACCUGGAUGAGGCAUGUUCGCCAGCAAGACUUGUGUGUCGCUCCUCAGGGCAGACAGACGGGCCUGGCUCUGGAGCAGUGCGACGGUGCCAAGCCCAACCUCCGCUGGUUCCACAAGGCCUCCAGCUCAUCACUGGGGGAUCACCUCCUCGCAGAGAUUGCCCCCCAUGAUGUGUGCCUCGAGGCUGGGCCUCAAGGUAACACCAUCUAUCUCAACAAGUGUGAACCCAAAAAUGCCUUCCAGAAGUGGCAGUUCACAAACUACUACACUCACCGACGGGGUUGAAGGAGUUUAACAAGUGUUGAAUGGGCACUAGAGACUCCUGCUGGCCUUACACGACAGUAUACACUCCCUCUCUGGUACAGCGUCCACAAAGAACUGUCCAAAUGAAUUCCAGGAUUUUGUGCGUUUGCAAUAAUAUGUGUUGUUCUCAUGCUGUGCCGUGCCACAGUCAAGGAGAUGGUGUGGGGAUGUGCAAUGGUUUUGUUGACCUUUUUUGUCGAGCAGCAUAAAGACUGAUGCUGAGUCAAACACGAGGACACGAGUGGCGAGAACAUGAAGCCACCGUGGGAGUUAUAAUUACAAUUAUCAAGUUUUGCACAUAUUAACAUUUUUGGUCUGGAGUUGAGGCGUGAAAAUGGACUCCAGAUGUGCAGAGAUGAUUGUAUAAAACUGGAAAAACACCACUUGAUGACAGGUUAUCGCUGCCGCAUAGGACUUGGCUGCCAAGGAUAAAGAUAAAACGGGGCUUCAUAGAUGUAAAAAAAAAAACUUUCACUCACAAUGCUCAUUGUUUGGAAUGAUUUUCUUGUAAAACUGCAUGCGAUUUUUCAUGAGCUUUUUUCUACAUUUGUAAGAUGCAUCACAGCUGAUGUAGACCGUGUGCUCUACAUUUACCAUCUUUCAUGCUGUUGACUUUAAUUGGUGAAGUCUAAUCAGAUAUUUGAGAUAAACGACUUUUUGUGGUUGCAGCCCUUCCCGUGGUUCGGUCCAGCCUCAGGGUUUUAUGAAGUGUUUCAUUUCGAGGUGCACAUUUCUUGCCGUCACUAGAGGGAAACAUUGGUACACUAUAUCCAGUGAACUUGUGCUGUGAUUUAGGGAUUUUAUUACCGAUCAUCAGACUCCUACCUACAAGUCGUUACAUCUCUUUAAAAAGCCAAAUAAAGAG